AUGCCGUACAUUGAGACGGCCACCUUGCGGCCUUACCUGAACGCGGUGCGAGCCACCCUUCAGGCCGCCCUCUGCUUGGAGAACUUCUCAUCUCAGGUGGUGGAGAGACACAACAAGCCCGAGGUGGAAGUACGGAGCAGCAAAGAACUUUUACUCCAGCCUGUCGUCAUAAGCCGCAAUGACAAGGAGAAAGUCCUCAUCGAAGGCUCCAUCAACUCCGUCAGAGUCAGCAUCGCCGUUAAGCAGGCGGAUGAGAUUGAGAAGAUUCUGUGCCAUAAAUUCAUGCGCUUCAUGAUGAUGAGGGCUGAGAAUUUCUUCAUUUUGAGGAGGAAGCCAGUGGAGGGCUAUGACAUCAGCUUCCUGAUCACCAACUUCCACACGGAGCAAAUGUACAAGCACAAGCUGGUUGACUUUGUCAUUCACUUCAUGGAGGAGAUCGACAAGGAAAUCAGCGAGAUGAAACUGUCCGUCAAUGCCAGAGCUCGCAUUGUUGCAGAGGAGUUCCUAAAAAAUGUCAGCAUCCACUUUAACUAA